CUGCUCUCGUAUAAUUCGUCAUGUAUUUUGACUGGAGUAUCAGCAAUAUUCUAAUAGCAAUUGCCAGCUUGACAGGCAGUGGUUUACUGAUUAUUCGUGAGUAUACUCCAGCUACACGCUUACAAUACUCAAAGUUCGCGAGCAGCAACUUGAUGAAGGACAAUAUUAAAUCGAAUGAGAUCACCAUAUCUUCAUUUCACGGUAUGUUGGUGAUUUAUGUGCCAUCACUCAUACUCACAACAUUACUUCUGUUCAAAACCGAUAAUGGUUCCCGAAUGAGUUUAAUUACUGCUUUAAACGUUCUGCAUUAUCUAAAGCGAGUCACGGAAGUUAUCUUUGUUCAUCGAUAUUCUGGGCAAUCUAAACUUAUUGACAAUAUCCUCAUCUCCAUUUCCUAUAUGGUGUUUGCUUUCUUUCUAUCCUUCUUUUCAGCGCAAGUGCCUCAUCCAAAUGCAUUCCUGACAGUGGUUGGCGUUGCCCUCUUUUUCAUAGGUGAAGGCACUAAUUGUUAUCACCAUUUGAUAUUGAGCAACUUAAGAAAGGAUGGCUCAAAAGAAUACAAGAUCCCUCAAGAGGGCUUAUUUAAAUAUAUAUGGUGCCCUCAUUACACGGGCGAAAUCGUCGCAUUUAUCGCUAUGGCAUUUUUGUCACAGCAUUUCUUGGUUUUAAUCCUUCAAAUAUGCUCUGCAGGUUACUUGGCUAUAAGGGCUUAUAACACUAGAAGCUGGUACAAAUCGAAAUUUACAGAUAUUCCACACAGAGCGUGCUUGAUACCAUUCAUUUUCUAGAAUUUAAUUUAUUAUUUAAACCAAGUAUUUCCAUAAUAAAAUCAAAAUAAAGCACAUUUGACG